UAUGGCCCCUUAAGGCACAUGGUGAAACAGUGCAACAUUUUGGUGCUCCAUGUUGAUAAAUACCCACCAUGCACCUUGCUUGUCCAUGUUCCUCAAUUGAGUAGCUUUUCAACUUAAACCAAGCCUGGCCUGGCCUGGUACCCUGGCCUAGCUAGUGUUCUUCUGUAACAAUGGCUUUUGUGAUCUCAACUUGUUGCUGAAUUAAUGCAGCCUCCAAUGGGGCCGCCUCCUCCUGGCAUCGUAGCUUCCGGUGAAUCUGGAACUCACCCAAUUGCCAGAGAAGCUGAUCAGAGAGAGCUUUCCAAGUUCUCCCAAACACUUCAAUUAAUCACCAUGCCUUCUUCUGCCAGUGUUGACACCACCACCGCCAGCUGCAAGGUGGCUGAAGACGCCGCCGUCAGGGCUAGGUGGGUGCUGGACCCUCCCCGGCCGCCGGGCCUAGGCCGCAGGCUCGCCGACUCCAUUGCUGAGACCGCCGUCUCUCACCGGAACAAGCUUCGGAAGCUCAAGGAGCAGCCUCUCUCCGGAACAAUCUCAGUGCUGGAGGCCAUCUUCCCCAUCCUGGUAUGGUUCAGAAGCUACUCCCCAAGCAAAUUUAAGAAUGACUUGCUGGCUGGAUUAACCCUUGCAAGCCUCUGCAUCCCCCAGAGUAUUGGGUAUGCCACUUUAGCCAAGCUUGAUCCUCAGUAUGGCCUCUACACCAGUGUCGUGCCGCCGCUUAUUUAUGCUGCCAUGGGGACGUCAAGAGAGCUAGCCAUCGGACCGGUGGCCGUAGUUUCAUUGUUGUUGUCGUCCAUCGCGCAGAAGUUAGAAGAUCCUGACGCCAAUCCUCUUGCUUACACAAGGCUAGUCUUAACUAUAACCUUCUUUAGUGGUGUCUUUCAGACUGCCUUUGGACUUCUAAGGUUGGGGUUUUUGGUGGAUUUUCUUUCACAUGCUGCCAUAGUGGGGUUCAUGGCGGGCGCAGCCAUAGUUAUAGGCCUUCAGCAGCUAAAAGGACUACUUGGGCUCACUCACUUCACAAACAAAACUGAUAUCAUCUCUGUCUUGAAAGUUGUUUGGACCUCAGUUCAUCACAACCCGUGGAAUCCUUACAAUUUCAUCCUUGGCUGCUCCUUUCUGAUCUUCAUCUUGAUUACCAGAUUCCUGGGUAGAAGGAGCAGGAAACUCUUCUGGUUACCAGCAACUGCACCCCUAGUUUCAGUCAUCUUGUCGACGCUCAUCGUUUUCCUGACAAGGGCUGAUGAACAUGGAGUUAAGAUCGUGAAGCACAUCAAAGGAGGCCUGAAUCCAAGCUCAGUUCAUCAGCUUCAGUUCAGCGGCCCACACGCUUCUGAAGUGGCCAAAAUUGGAUUGAUUGUUGCUGUCAUCGCCCUCACGGAAGCCAUUGCUGUUGGUCGGUCAUUUGCAUCCAUGAAAGGAUACCAUCUUGAUGGGAACAAGGAAAUGAUGGCCAUGGGAUUCAUGAAUAUAGUAGGCUCCUUCACUUCAUGCUAUACUGGCACUGGUUCCUUCUCACGCAGCGCGGUUAAUCACAGUGCGGGGUGUGAAACCGCCAUGUCAAACAUCGUAAUGGCGAUUACAGUGUUGUUGUCACUGCAAUUCUUCACAAGGCUCUUGUACUAUACCCCAAAUGCAAUUCUUGCAUCCAUUAUCCUCUCAGCUUUGCCUGGCCUUGUUGACCUUAACGAAGCUUAUUACAUCUGGAGGGUUGAUAAACUAGACUUCCUUGCCUGCAUUGCUGCAUUCUUUGGUGUCUUGUUCGCCUCUGUUGAGAUCGGUCUCCUCCUUGCGGUAAUGAUAUCAUUUGCAAAGAUCAUACUGAACACAAUUCAACCAGGCAUAGAAAACCUUGGAAGGCUUCCUGGAACCGAUGUGUUUUACGAUGUCAAUCAGUACCCCAUGACUAUAAAAACGCCUGGAAUUCUUACAAUCCGCAUCAGAUCUGCGCUGCUUUGCUUUGCCAAUGCCAGCUUCGUUAUAGAAAGAAUUUUGAAGUCGGUGGAUGAAGAAGAAGAUGCAGACAUCAAAGGAACUGCUGAACGAGGAACCCAAUUGGUGAUUCUCGACAUGUCCAACUUGAUGAACAUCGACACAUCUGGAAUUGCUUCUCUUGAGGAACUGCUAAAGGAGCUCACAUCUCAUGGCACCCAGUUAGCCAUUGCCAACCCUAGGUGGCAAGUAAUUCACAAGCUAAGGCUGGCCAACUUCGUGAACAAAGCUGGUGCUAGGAUCUUCUUGACUGUUGGAGAGGCAAUGGAUGCAUGCCAUGAUCAUGCUAGAUCAAUGGCUUAAUUAGUAGUUUAAUCAGCUGGCUUUGUGCUUGCUGCAGCCUCCUUAUUGUGCUUAAUUAUAUCCAGUCCCAUACGACAUACCUAUGUACAUGUAAGUGGGACACCAAAUAAACCAAGGAGAUGAUCCAACACAUUAGUGUUCUAAUUAAUCUCCAAAUCAAUAACAGCAAGCCAGAACAAGGCACCUCGACCUUCUUGUUUGGGAGAUACAAUGUUGUUGGGUUUCAUAUGUAAAAUGAAUGGUACCUGUAAUAUACUAUAAUAUAUAUUACCUAAUUUGAAGGGUACUCAUAACUGGAAA